AUGAGUUGGGCCCCCGAUUCACCAGUUGAAUUAGCUGAUGGCCGUUUGGUCUGUGGCACUCAUAGCUUGGUCGUUUACGGACGCUGCUGCGUCGACUACAGUUUCAUGGAUGACGUCGUUGACGAGGACUCAAUCGAAGGGCGAGUGAGACUUCCAGAAGAGUAUGAAGACGAUCUCGACCACGCUGGCUCUCUAGAUAUUGAGAGGCUGGAUCCCAUCCGCCGCAUGGAAAUGUCUAUAGGUAGAGGAUCAGUCCUACCAACAGUCUUCGUACCGCCCCCUUCGGCAACUCCCCAAAGCCUGUUUCCCGCAGGCGACAGCCGCAAAGCCCACCCACCUGUGGCACGAUUUAUUCGAGUGGACGAUCCAAAGUCUUUUCUUAUCUAUACCGACGGUGCAUGCCUUGGUAACGGACAAGUUGAGCCUAAGGGAGGAUGGGCUUUUGUCUUCGGGCCUCAAGAACGAAACACCACUUCGAGUGUAAACGAGCGUCUGGAGAAUCAGGGUCCAUUGGGCGAUUAUGCCCACCCAACCAGCCACAGAGCAGAGCUUCGAGCUAUCAUCGGCGCUCUCCGUUACAGGAACUGGGCAAGCGAAGGUUUCACCACUCUUGUCCUGGCAACUGACUCAGAAUAUGUCGUCAAAGGUGCAACAGAGUGGAUCCGAGCAUGGCUGCGGAGGGGCUGGAGGAAAAGUGACGGGGCGGUCGUAAGGAAUGUGGAAAUGUGGCAGGCCUUUCUUGGGGAGGUAGAGCGUUGGGAUGAGUACGCUGUCAAGAUUCAGCUUUGGAAGAUUCCGCGGGAGUGGAACACUGAAGCCGAUCGGCUGGCGAAAGAGGGUGCACAGCUUCAUGAAGAGCUUACCUAUAAAGAAAGGCUGGGUAUUUCCCCAUAA